AUGGUCUCACGCCCUCCAAGUCCAGUCCGUCCAUCGGAAGAAUCUAACGGGUCUCUGGAGCGCUGCCUUCGUGGACCAGAAUCCGAUCGCGAACAUUCCCGCUCCGACUCAAGAGAAACAUAUCCUAGCGAGAGAAACCUAAUCACCGACUAUGGGUCGUCCAAAAAAUACUUGCUUCGUGAAGUUGAGGGUCCCCCAGAGAUUCAUGGGUCGGCUAUGAAGAAGAGCAAAGCCCCUACCGGCUUGUUAUCCUGGGGAUGGGAAAUUGGUGCAUCCGUAUUGAGCGUUGCAUCUGUGGUCAUUCUGAUCGUGCUGCUAAACCGCCUGGAUGGGAUGCCCUAUGCCGACUGGGCAUACAGAGUCUCUCCAAAUGCAGUGGUCGCCGAGAUAGCAACCGCCAAUAGAGCUACACUGCUAUUCCCGGUCGGAGUUUGUCUCAGUCAACUCAAAUGGAAUCAUUAUCGCAGCCAAAGACGUCUAUACGAUCUAUACGCUCUUGAUCAGGCCAGCCAAGGCAUCUGGGGUUCUUUGCAACUGAUCACCACCAACCGACCCAGCCUGGCUACUCUCGGUGCAGUUACCUUGAUUCUAUCGGCUGCACUCGAUCCCUUGACCCAGCAGAUUCUCACCUUUCCUUCUCGUAUUGUACCCGCUACAAAUGAGACGGCUUCUUUACAAACUGCCCAGGCCUACGUACCCGGCAACGCAAACAGUGAUAAUACUAUGAGUCUGCUCAUCCUCCAAAGCAUCUAUGGGUCAGACAAUACCCAGGAGCCGACCUGCAGUACAGGCUCGUGCAAGUAUCCUACCUUCGAUACUCUGGGGGCAUGCAGCAGAUGCCAGGAUGUUACCUCGCAAUCAAUGCAGAGUUGCACGGCUUUCUCCUCAAACAGCUCGUAUGCGAAUUUUUUCAAUGGCACGGCAUAUCAAGGGGCCAGACCAAAUUGCACAUAUACCACGCCGGGAGACUUGCGGAUAACGCCGGAUAUCUUUGAAGCGGCCACGGUAGACAUUGGAAUUGGAAACGCAGUUGAUCUCGAGAAGGAAACCUGGAGUUUCGCCAAUAUGGACACGGAUCGCCUAAACCUCAGCAGUUCCCAAGGACCCCGGGUCGCUGGGAUCUUGAAUCCGAUAGUUGGCCUGGCAGCGGCGAUAUACGACAAUCCCAACAUAUUAUAUACCUCUGAUCACCAAUCACUCGAAGCAUCUGAGACGGAGCAGCUCUUUACGAAAAACAAAUACUUCCAAAUGUUCUACCCCAACGAGCUGGCUCCACUCAACAGCUCAACCCCAAGUUUCGCAACCAAUGGUAACUACACCAUCGCAGGAAAUACUGUGCUACAGAUCCUCAACUCUUUCACAUCUACCAUAUCCCUCUCAGACCAAAUCGAAGCUGGGUGGACGUAUUCCGUGCAGGAGGGGAAAGACGCCAGCUCCGUCAUGAAGAAUGUUGCCGUCGGCAUUACAAAGGGAAUUCGUGCCGGGCCGAAUAGCACCACGAUUACCGGGGAGGCAUUUACCACGCAGACGUAA